CCCUACCACCCACAGCAACCACAACAACCCCGCCAACUGACCAUCUCCACCACCGACGUCGGAUCCCUCAUUCCGCCGCAGGACAAAUUGCUCGUCUUCCGCGCGUUGACGGGGAUCGACAGCAUUCCCGCGCUAACGACGCUCCAGCACUACCGCCGCACGGCGCCCAAUAUCGGCAUCUACACGCGCGUCGUCAAGGCGGAGCACUCGGCGGGGCGGCGAUACCGGUUCUUUAGUGUCUUGAUCAACGUGUGCCUGGGGAUCCAGAUCGUGGUGGCAGCAGCCCUGACGGCGCUGGGCGCCGCGAGCGGGCCGCACUCGGCGGUGACGGCGUUCGGGGCGAUCAACACAAUCAUGGCGGGGGUGCUCACGUACCUCAAGGGCUCUGGGUUGCCCGACCGGCUGAAACACUAUCAGAACGAGUGGCGCAACAUCCGCGAGUACAUCGAGCAGCGCGAGCGCGAGCUUUGCUUGAGUGGCUGCGAGCUGGACAUCCAGCAGGAGAUCCACAUCAUCGAGUACAUGUACGAGGGGGUGAAGCGCGAGAUCGACCAGACGAAGAGCACGGAGAAUCGGGCGGCGCCGCGCGAGGGAGGCCCAAAUCGCCGGAUGUUCUAUCCGCAGCAUAGACAGCAACAGCAACAA